AUGUCCUUCAUUUUCUUUUCGAAGAAAACCAAAAAAUCGAACCAGAAUGGUAUUUAUUUCAUUUUUCUUUAGUAUUGUCCUGUGAUCCCCACAGUACUGGUGAAUGGUGCCGAAGGUAUUGGUACAGCUUGGUCAACGAAAGUACCCUGUUACAAUCCACGUGAAAUUGUCGAUAAUAUUCGAGCGAUGAUUAAUGGCGAAGAACCGAAACCUCUGGCACCUUGGUAUAAAAAUUUUCGUGGUACCAUCGAGCAGUUGGAUGAACAGCGAUUUGUUUGUAACGGUGAAAUUGCGAUCAUCGACAAUGAAACAAUUGAAAUCACCGAACUGCCAAUUCGUACAUGGACACAAACAUACAAGGAAACUGUUUUGGUACCAAUGCUUGAUGGCAAUGAUAAACAGCCAGCUAUUAUAACGUAA